UGGUCGAUUUACGCAAUCGUGAGGAAUCCGGAUCAAUUAAUCGAGCCCAGCGAUAGGAGUCCCACGCAAGCAACUCCGCCCUCUUAACGCCCCCGGCCACCACGUCUCAAGUCGGUCUCAACCCCGCCCUGGUCUCGUCGUCUUCCCUUCCCGUGCCUUGCCCUGUUGUCCACACCAAUCUCGCAAGCUUCUUCCCCGGCUCGCUAGGCUAGACACCUACCUGCACACUUGUUUCCUUCGCUCUCCGUGGCUAGCUACAAGAGUAGAUGCUAUGGCGAGGUAGCUUGCUCGGCCUCGGCCCCAUCCAUGAGUUCUCUCGUCUGCCUGCAGACACUUGCACAGUGGCCAUGAGACGACCUCACGCCGCCGCUACCUUAGCUGCCGUCCUCCUACUGUGGCUCGCCGUGCUCACCGUCGCGUUCCACGGGUGCGCCCGCCUCGGUUACGGAGGCCUGUCCAUGACGAGGCGAACAAGUUUGGUCGCCGUCCCGAGGAAGAUGCUGCUCGCCGUGACGAGCUUCGACGCUGCUGCCUCGCCAACAGAUCACCACCACCGCCACCAACAUCACCGGCAUCACCAUCACCAGCAUGACCAGCAUCACCACCACCACCAUGCUGGCAGAUGGAACCGGCAAGGGAUUCCACCGUCAGUUGCUACCAACGGCGAGGGGAUCGACCCGCGGUACGGCGUGCAGAAGAGGCUCGUCCCGACAGGCCCCAACCCCUUGCAUCACUGAGAGAUCGGUACGCGUGCGGCACGUGCAUGGAUACAGAAGUUUUUCUACGUGGCCCUGAAGGCUGAUUCCAUGGUUCGUGGCACACAUCGUCUUGCUUUGUUGAUCGAUCGAGUCCGGUCCGGUAUUCUUUCGUUGUGGAGUGGAUGCAGAAUCGUCGAUUCUGUGACAUCAUCACAUGUGUACUUAAUCAUUAGCUUUUGUUUGUUCAUGUAGGCAGUCUUGAUCUCAAGCUGCAAAGCAAGCAAGCGAAAGACAAGCGAGGAGAAAAUCUCUAUAGCUAGUUAUACAUAGUACAUAUAAAUUAUGUUGACAAGAAGAGGAUGAGUACUAUGCUUUGGUUUCUUGUAUUUCUUCUUCUUUUCCAUUAUAAUUUCAUUCUUUAUUUCGCCUGUUCUUCAUAAAAAAUCUUGACACUUGAUUG